AUGGGUUUCCUCACCAAUCCUCCAGACCGUAAUCUCGACCAAGCUGGCCUUGCCGCUGGUCAUGGUCAACCCGCACCCUCAACAAAGAACCAACUCACCGAUGCGAGAAAGGUUUCCAACGAAGAGAGCGGCACCGAUGUCGACGAGUCCGAUGCGAUCCUAUUAGCCAUGGGCUACAAGCCUGAGAUGGCACGUAACCGAUCGACUCUCCAAGUGGCCUUCAUGUCAUUCGUCCUCGCCUCUAUUCCUUACGGUCUCGCAACAACCUUCUACUACCCUCUUGUCGGCGGCGGUCCUGCCAACAUCAUCUGGGGUUGGAUCAUGGUCUCCCUUAUCAUUGUCUGUGUCGCUGCCAGUCUGGGUGAGAUCACCUCAGUCUACCCGACUGCUGGUGGUGUAUACUACCAGACUUUCAUGUUGGCACCCGCAAAGUACAAGAGAAUUUUGUCAUGGAUUUGCGGAUGGGCAUAUGUCGUUGGAAACAUCACUAUUACCCUCGCUGUCAACUUCGGUUCAGCACUGUUCAUCAUCUCCUGCGUCAACGUUUUCGAGAAGUCGCCUGGUGUUGGCAUCUGGGAAGCCAGCGCGUGGGAGACCUGGUUGGUCUUCGUCGCUAUCACCCUCUUCUGUAACGCCGUUUCUUCUCUCGGAAACAGAUGGCUGGCUUUGGUUGACACUUUCGCCAUUUUCUGGACUCUCGCAGGUGUCGUUGCCAUUCUUAUCGUCACCCUGGUCAUGGCCAAGGGCGGUAGACGCUCUGGCGAGUUUGUCUUCACUCAUUUCGAGCCCCAGUCAGGAUGGACUCCUGGAUGGUCGUUCUGUGUCGGUCUCCUGCAAGCAGCUUAUGCCACCUCGUCGACUGGUAUGAUCAUUUCCAUGUGUGAAGAGGUUCAAGAGCCUUCAACUCAGGUCCCCAAGGCCAUGGUCGCAACCAUCCUUAUCAACCUUGGCGCUGGUUUGAUGUUCUUGCUCCCUCUUCUCUUUGUCAUCCCUGACCUUGCAACUCUCGCUGCCCUCGCAUCCGGACAGCCCGUCCCUACCAUCAUCGCCACUGCUGUCGGUUCGCCCGGUGGUGCUAUCGGCCUGUUGAUCCCUCUGAUGGUUCUCGGUCUUAUCUGCGGUAUUGGUUGCACCACCGCCGCAUCUCGUUGCGUCUGGGCUUUCUCUCGUGACGGUGCCAUUCCUGGAAGCAAGUGGUGGAAGCAAGUCAACAACACCACUGCUCUCGAGGGUGUGCCACUCAACGCCAUGAUGCUCAGCAUGGUUGUGCAAAUCCUGCUCGCUGUCAUCUACUUCGGAUCCGUCGCUGCCUACAAUGCCUUCUCCGGUGUUGGUGUCAUCUGUCUGACUGUCUCGUACGCCAUUCCCAUUGCCACCAACCUCUUCACUGGUCGCAAGCACGUCAAGGGAGCCGACUUCUCGCUCGGACCUCUUGGUCUUUUCUGCAACAUUGUCGCUCUUGCCUGGAGUUGUCUUGCUGUGCCAUUGUUCUGCAUGCCCACCACCAUUCCCGUCACUGCAACCCUCAUGAACUACGCAUCAGUAGUCUUUGCUGCCUUCAUCAUCAUUGCAGGUGUGUGGUACGUUGUUUGGGGCCAGAAGAACUACCAAGGACCUCCAACACACGAGGACACCAUCCUCGAGGCAAGAGGCAGUAUUUCGGAGGCAAGGAGGCAUUCAAAGGUCGCUUAG